AUGGAUUUAGUUGUCCUUUUCAUCGCUUUUAUAUUUACUUUGUAUGGCAAAGUAGCGGGGCAGUCGGCCUGUGCCCCUACAUGGGAUCAAUGUGGUGGAAGCAGUUACAGUGGCCCGUCCUGCUGUGUCAGUGGUGCCGCGUGUUCUACCGUGAAUCCUUAUUAUUAUCAGUGUGUCCCUGAUACUGCGGUUUCGACCUCUAGUUCUAGCUCUACAACCUCAGGCACUGGUACCUCCGGCGGUAGCUCAAUCACUACCACUUCUGAAUAUACAACGAGCACUGUCAUUCCCACCCUGACGGCUACUCAACCGGCAUAUCCUUCAGCCAACGCCAGCUCGUGUGGAGCUUGGGAACUAGUCGACAACGUCUGCUGUCCGUCUUAUUGCCUGUCUAACAAUGAGUCCGAAUCAUGCACAAGUUCCUGCACUGGAGGCUGUGGUACUCCACCCUCUUCAAUGUGCAUGUCGGGCACCAUGUGGGGAGAGCAACUCACGGUCGGAUCAGACGAAGACUGGCACUAUAGUCGAUCAACUCACUUUGGCCUUACUAGCGGAGGAGCAUGUGGAUUUGGCCUCUAUGGCCUUUGCACAAAAGGUAGCGUCACGGCGGACUGGACUGAUCCUAUGCUCGGCACAACCUGUGAUGCGUUUUGCACUGCAUACCCCCUUCUCUGUAAAGAUCCCUCAAAUGUCACCCUGCGCGGGAACUUUGCGGCGCCAAACGGGGACUACUAUACUCAGUUUUGGCCCUCGUUAAGUGCAGCAAUGCCAGGUGAUCAAGACAACUACCUUUCGUGCGGCGAAUGCUUUGAGCUCAUCCGCACCAAGGCGGAUGGGACCGACUACGCUGUGGGCGAGGACGGAUACACAGACCCGAUCUACCUGGAGAUUGUGGAUAGUUGUCCAUGUGAUGCGAACUCCAAGUGGUGCUGCGGUCCUGGCGCGGACCAUUGCGGCGAGAUUGACUUCAAAUACGGCUGCCCCCUUCCAGCGGGUAGCCACCACAUGGACCUAUCUGACAUUGCAAUGGGCCGCUUACAAGGUAACGGAAGCCUCACGGAGGGAGUUAUCCCUACCCGUUAUAAGCGGGUACCGUGUCCCAAGCCUGGAAAUGCAUACAUCUGGCUGCGUGACGGUGGUGGGGCGUAUUACUUUGCCCUAAGCGUGGUCAAUACGAACGGCGUUGGCUCGGUCAUUUCGGUCGAGGUCAAAGGUGCCGGUUCCAGCACCUGGACCGCGCUCGAGCACGACCCGAACUACACGAGCAGCCGCCCACAGGAGCGAUACGGUGCUUGGGUCCUGCCCCAGGGAGACGGCCCGUUUGCUUUGCCGAUUGGGAUCAGAGUCACUUCGCCUGAUGGGCAGCAGAUUGUGAAUGAAGAGGCUAUUUCGACAUUUACUGCGCCAGCUGGGUCCGUGGCUGGAUUUUACUAUAUUGAUCUUGGUGUGCAGUUUACUUAG